AUGCCUUCUCGAGAGUAUGAUUACGAUGCUGUUUGCGACUCUAUCCGCCGCAUUCUGAACCAACCGGGAUACGACAAUUAUGACGAGGAUGUCAAACACACCGCUGGUCCUGUCCUUGUCCGUUUAGCCUGGCACGCCGCUGGUACCUAUGACAAGGAGACUGAUACGGGGGGCUCGGAUGGCGCCGGGAUGAGAUAUGAAGCUGAGGGUGGGGAUCCCGCUAAUGCAGGACUCCAACAUGCCCGAGUGUUUUUGGAACCUGUCAAGGAGGAACACCCUUGGAUCACCUAUGCCGAUUUGUGGACACUGGCCGGUGUGGUGGCGAUCAAGGAGAUGGGCGGUCCCCAAGUACACUGGAAGCCUGGUCGAACGGACUUCGUAGAUGACUCCAAGUGCCCGCCCAGAGGCCGACUUCCCGAUGCCUCAUUGGCACAUGACCAUCUUCGUCAAAUCUUUUAUCGCAUGGGGUUCGAUGAUCGCGAGAUCGUCGCCCUGUCGGGAGCCCAUAACCUAGGUAAAUGCCACACAGACCGAUCAGGCUACGAAGGCCCUUGGGUAAACAAUCCCACCAGAUUCAGCAACCAAUACUUCAAGUUACUGAAGAAGUUAGAGUGGAAGCCCAAGAAGUGGGAUGGGCCACUACAAUUUGUAAAUGCCGACUUUGGCGAAGAGUUAAUGAUGCUGCCUACCGAUCGCGCUUUGGUUUCCGACCCGUCAUUCAGCAAAUGGGUCGACAAAUAUGCCGACGAUCGCGAGCUCUUUUUCUCCGACUUUGCCGCCGCCUUUGCCAAGUUGCUGGAGCUCGGCGUCAAAAGAGAUCAGCAUUCUUACAAGGCCGCCGGCAAGAAAUCCGACCAACCCGGGGCCCCCAAUUCCAGCGGUCAAGACGCUGAAGCCGAGCCGGUCAGACGUGGAAACAUCGCAACAGGCAAGGCCAAAUUGUGA